AUGAAGAAGUCCCCAACGUCAGACGGACCUUCCAAGCGGAAAAGUACGGACGAAGACCAGCGUACCUUGGCUGAGGUCCCGCGGGAGGGGGCGGCUGUGGGAGAGGGAGAGGUGGAAGAUGAACCUGACCCUACGCUCGCCCAUGCUCAGGAGAGGAAGGGCGACGUGUAUGAUCGGUUUAGCAGACGGAGGAAGUAUGCCAUCGUGGGCAUCGUGGCGUACUCUGCUCUGCUUGCGCCGUUCGCCUCCUCUUCUUUCCUCCCAUCUAUCCCGACGAUUUCCAACGACCUCUCCUGCUCCGGUGACGUGAUCAACUACACCGUAGCGAUCUAUCUCGUCACCAUCGGCGUCGCUCCACUAGCAUGGGCUCCCUACGCCCGGUUUUACGGGCGCAAGCCGAUCUAUCUCGUCUCGCUGCCACUGUUUUGCGUGGGGAGCAUGGGCGUUGCGCUCAGCCAGAGCUUGGUGCAGCUGAUCGUCACCCGAAUCUUGCAGGGCAUCGGGGCAAGUAGCGUGCUGAGUGUCGGGGCUGGGAGUAUCGGAGAUAUCUAUCGACCAACUGAACGCGGGCGCGCGAUGGGUCUCAUGUACGGCGGUGCACUGUUCGGUCCUGCCCUGGCACCGCUGGUGGCUGGUCUCCUUACACAGUACGUGGCCAACGGCUAUGGUUGGCGCGCCAUGCAAUGGCUCCUCUGUGCCAUGGGGGGCCUCGCCGCUGGGUUGGUGCUGUUCCUGUUGCCGGAAACAGCGCACUCUAGGGGUGUUGUUGCUGAACUCGAAAAGCGGAAAAGGGAGGGCAAGCGUUCGAGGUUCGUGUGGGUGUGGCUGGACCCCAUUAAGCCCGUGUGGUUGUUGAGGUACAAGAACGUGUUGGUGAUAAGUAUCGUGAGCUCUGUGGUGCUGGAAACGACUUAUGCGAUCCUCGUCCCACUAACGUAUACGAUCGGCCCGCGUUAUUCCAUCACCUCCGUCGCUGUUCUCGGCCUGCUCUAUCUCGCCCCAGGAGUCGGAAAUCUCAUUGGCUCGCGCGUCGCCGGCAUCCAGUCCGACCAAGCAGUAAAACAUUCUCUCCGUCUGCGGAACGGGAUUUUCCAUCCGGAGGAUCGACUGCGUGCGACACUCAUCGGUUCCGGUAUAAUACUUCCCGUCACUGUCCUAGCAUACGGGAUCGUGGUCCAGUUCUGGAUGGGUCCUGGAGGACUAGCCGUGGCAUUGAUCUUGAUUGCGGCUAGCGGGUUCGGCCUGAUGACGAUAUUGGCGAUAUGCAAUACCUAUUUGGUGGAUUCGAUGCAGACGAGAAGCACAGAAGUCAUCGCUAUCAACAACUGUCUCCGAUAUGUUGCAUGCGCUGCCUCCUCGUCCUACUGCCUUCCUUUGACAAACGCGAUCGGGGUUGCACCUAUGAACGCGAUAUCUUCUGUCCUCGCGUGGAUUGGGUUUGCCUUGAUUGCGUGGACGAUUCGGGAUGGAAGUAAAUGGAGGGAGGACCAGGAGAGGAAGGAAGGUGUCAAGAUGAUGGUAGAGGAAGGGGUGAAGAUAGAGAAUGAAGGAAAAGGUGAUAGAGAAACGGAGAAAGAAGGGAAUGCCGAGCCAGAGAAGAAAGAAGAGGUGUGACCACAC